GGAUCCACCGCCGUGACUUCCGUGUUGUUAACCAGGCACAGCUAAACGAUUACUAGGCCCGGUUUAUUAUCUGUAGAGUCUAAAAACAGUAAGAAACCGGGUGGAUUAUCGUUAACGCGGCACCUGAAACCUUUCUAGUCCAGUACUCAGAUUUUGAGAUCACGUGCAGGUCACACUGGAUGGCCAAGGUGGUAACAGUCAGGGCCAGCUGUUAACAUUGUUUGGGCCUGUACAUGUAACAUCAGUCCAUAAUGGCCAGCCACUUCCGUAGCUACAUCUGGGACCCGGUCCUCAUUGUGAGUCAGAUUGUGUUGAUGCAGUGCAUCUAUUACAGCUUCUUGGGCCUGUGGUUAGCAGGAGUGGACAGUCUGGUGCAGAGUAGUCGGUCACUGGACCAGAUCUUCAGCUAUGAGGUCCUUGGGUUUGCAACAAUGCAGGGCAGGCUCUCAAUGAUGGCAUUCAUCUUGAACUCUCUCACCUGCGCCCUGGGCCUGUGGUUCUUCAUCCGCCGAGGGAAGCAGUGCCUGGACUUCACAGUUACUGUGCACUUCUUUCAUAUGAUUGGCUGCUGGAUCUAUAAUGCUCAUCUUCCAGUGGCCCUGUCCUGGUGGCUCGUCAAUGUAGCCUGCAUGGCAUUGAUGGCUGUAAUCGGAGAGUACUUGUGCAUGCGGACUGAGCUCAGGGCCAUUCCAGUCAAUACUGGACCCAAAUCUAACCUGUGAAUUGUUGCCGACACCAGACUCAAAGUCUGCGGACGUUUAACCCCUGAUGAACUCGCUCAGAGAAGGUUUUUUUUCACUGUUAGCAAAAGAAAUGGAGCACAAACCUCCAUCAACGUAGAUGUUGGAUUGUCAUCCAUCUGCUCUUCAAAUGACACAUCAGAUGAACUGAUCUAUUUAUUCAUAGCUGUCUGUUUAAUGUGGGGCAGUAUUAAUUCUGUAGCAUAUUAAGAUACAUGUUUUCUUGCUGAUAAAAGCAGGCGUCAGUUUACACCUUUCUCUGAACCUGUACAUUUUAUUCUUCAUAAUUGGAUUUUUGUGUUCAUGUUAAGAACAUAAGCAAGGACAUACAGUCUCCUACUUUUAAGUUUUGGGGUAAUUCUUCUUUUUUUCGGGCUUGUGCAUGUCUUCAUUUGAAUUGAAACUUCAGAGCAGAUAGAAAUGGUCUUAAAAGGCAGCAGGAGAGCAACAACAGUGACAUUUUCCCCUCUAUUUGUGUUGAUAUAGUUACAGGCUGGCUGGGUUGGCAAACAAACAUGCUCAUGUUACAGGAUAUUAAGGUUUUAAGAUGUGAAUGUUCCAGUCACAUCUUAAUGCAAUUUAGAGAUGGCAAUGUUCAGAGUCACCUGUUGCAUCUUUUAUUAUGUGUUUUUACAGUUGCAUCAAAGUUAAAUGUUGUGUAAUAAGUUCAGUGUUCAAACAGGUAGACUAUAGUUCCCUGACAAAAUACUCAAUCAUUGUGUCUAUCCAAAUGUAGGAAUCCUUAAUAAUCUCAACACACAGUCACAUAUAUAAAAUCAGGCUUAUUUUUACCUUCCUGGGUUACAUUUCUACUUUCAGCUUCACAGUGCUCGGUUUAGGCCUCUGUUGUCAAGCUUGUACAGCAUUUUGCACAGCUAAUGUUAUUUGUUUCCGUUUCUUUAUGUUAUGAUGUAUUAUGCAGACUCAGUGGCCACUUUGGGGAGAGUUUGUCAGCCACCAGCUGUGUUCUGACAGCAGACUGUGUCUGUGUUUCUGAAAACACUAUUACUGUUUGUGGGGACGUGAUGUGACAAGUACUAAAAUGUGCAGCACUGAUGGUUUCUGGAACAUUGUCAGCUUUGUCACUCAGCGGUGGCUUUUAAUCAAAUGCGUAUUGUUACAGUAUUACAGAUCCUGUAACACUUGUAUCCUUUUAUUCUGUGUGGUGACUGUAAGAUCAACCUUUGCAGCUCUGAUGGUGUGGAAUAUGCAGUGCGUAGGUUUGAAUUUAGGUUUCUUAAGUUUAUUGUAAGCACAUCAUUAUGCAGAGGGUGACUUGUUAAAGUUGUACAAUAGUGCUGCACAGAUGAUGUUAAUUUGUAGGCCAACGUGCCGGUUAGCAUUGCCCUGGUUUCCUCAUGAAAAAGUCAAUUUUUUUUUAUCAGUUCAGUGCAGAAAGUAAGCUCUGUGGCAAGUAAACAUUUAUGAUACUUACAUGUUUGGUUCAGCAAGAUAAUCUUCACAAAUUAACAUCUGCCCCCCACCUAAUUUUGAAGAGUAAACGCAAUCGCCAGAAGUAAAAAGUUAACGUUAGGCUACAAACAAAUUACACUACAAUUGCAUGCCACCACAACGAGGCUGUAAAACUGCGCUCAGCAUGACGACGUUCUGUAGUGUCAUUUAGCCAUUUGUUAGCAACAAUCUUUUUUAAGAUGCGUAGAAGCUUAAAAAUUCACAAAUGAGAUUUUUACUGAUAUACUAAUAUUUUAUAUUGUAGAACAAAACAUUGAAAUCUCUUGUGUUAAGCACAGACCUUAUUUUAGGCAUCUAACCAAAAACCCACUGACUCUGAGAGGAGGGUAAAAUGCUAACUCAUUUCUGGGAUUUAUGAUUCAUUCCUGCUCCACUGUAGUUGUACAUUAUGGGAAAUACACUUAUUUGCUUUCUUGCUGAGAGUUAGAUCAAUACCACGCUCAUGUCUGUCCAUUAAAUAUGAAGCUUCAUUCAGCAAGUAGUUUGCUUAGCUUAGACUGGAAACUCAUGAAAAGCUAACCUGUUGUCCAGAGGUGACGAAAUUAAACCCAGCACCUCACGAAUUAACACGUUAUAUCUGAUCUGAUGAUUAAAACUAAAGGGUAAGAAUGAGAAGUUGUGGUUUUACUGGAGUUAUGUGCUUAGCUGGGCUGGGUGCAGAGACCUGAGACCUCUUGGAGUCCAGUUGGCAUCCGCAACUUCUCUUGGUUUAUCUUACAGAGUAUGCAAGAGUUAAUGUAUUAAUGAGCUGUAGAGGUGCUUUGGACAAAGCCAGACUAGCUGUUUCCCCCAUUUCCACUCUUUACGGUAAGCUAAGCUAACUGGUCGCUAGCUUGAGCUUUAUAUUUACCACACAAACAUGAGUGGUAUCGGUCCUCUUGUCUCUCAGCAAGACAGUGAAUAAGUGUAUAUCCCAAAAUAUUGAACUGUUCCUUUAAGUUACGUUCAAGCCCAUGAGUACUCUGUCUAAACCAGUGUCACCUAUGAUUUGAUUAUUUCCCACUACAGCUGCUCUGAGAGUUUCCACAUGCAAUACCACCUUUGUAUUCUUUAACAUAGUUUUUAUAAUGUAUUUAAAUACAAAGAGCUCGAGAGAUGGACCUAUUCAUGUGAUUAAAUUCUCUGACUUGUUUCUAGUGCAGAAACAUCACAGACAAGGUGUACAUAUUUUUUUCUCCUCUGUGAAGGUUUAAAAAAAGGGGGUGUUGGCACCAGCAUCAGUGAGUUAUGGUACAAUGCCAGUGCUUUUGUGCAUAUGCUGUUUAAUAAAACACUAGCAGCUCAUAUGGAAACAUGUAAAUCUCAGUGCGGAAACUGCAGGUGAGAAAAUAAUUGGCCGUUCCGCUUCAGAUGUCAAGGAUAGGUCUUCUAAUGAGGGGCACACCACGAGCGUGUCUUUAGAUCUCUGAAAGUUUUCCACCCUGGGCCCUGAUCCCUCAUUUUCUCCAACCACUGCCUCUUCUGGAAGUGUCCAGGUGGAAAGGAGCAGAUGGGAGAGCACUAACGAGUUGAAAAACACUGGUUGCGGUGCUCAUUACCAACACUUGGCUUCAGGGAGGGCUAAAAACAGAAACUCUAUUCUCUAUUAUAGUAAAAGAGUCAUACAGCAGAGGACUUACUGCAUCGAUUAAAGGCUCUGCUGUUCCAACACCUUGUGUUUCCAGAUCUUUGCUAUCCGUUAUUUUGCUGACGGUGAUGUACACACACACUGUUUGUUUUAAACAUGGUGCUUUAUUAUUACAAACACAUUACUUUGCCAUAUAUUGCUUUAUACAGUCUUGUAAAUAGUGUGCUUUUCUAUCAGUAAACUGAAAAAACCCA